AUGUGUCGGAGUUGGAGAAGCUUUUUGGUAGGCUGUGGACACAGUGCCAAGAGUGCCAAGGCUCUCUUCAUCAAGAUGUGCUUUGCACUAGUCGGGAUUGUCCAAUAUUCUAUCGACGGAAGAAGGCACAGAAAGACAUGGCUGAAGCCAAGCUCCAAUUGGAUCGGUGGAACUUCUAAUUUACUCGUGAGAAGACUGUUGUUAAGCCCCGACUUCUGAAUCCGUCACUCGUCACGCAGAUUAUGCAGUGUGAGACUGGAGACAGCAAGUUUCAUAUUUGCCAGAUACAGGGAAGAGUUCUAUGAUGACCCUGGCUUCCGGGUUGCGGUGGUAGAAAACGAGGCUGGUUGGCACAGAUGUUCAUGACUAUUUCAGGUGGCAUUGUAGGGCUGGGAGUUACACCAGUCUAUGCAAGUUAAGAGCUUAAAAACUGACGAGGUUAGGUUUUCUUGUACAGUUUUUAUCUUAAGGGUUUGGGGUCUGAAGUUUAUGUGGGCAUGUAUGCCGACUAUGGAAAUCAUCGAAAUCUUUUGGUACAAAGGGAAGGAAUGUAUGCAAAUAGUGUAAUUUCAGUAUUUAUAUUUCAAAACGUCCCUUUACAUGCAAGUUAGAUUUUGCAUGUAGCUUGAGUUUUUAGUGUAGAC